UCACCUAAAUAUGUAUCCUCAAAUCUCAAUAGUCAAUACACUAACUAUUGGAGUGGACAGAUUUAUAUGUAACCACAUUUUGGGAAUGAUAACAAUAUUUAUUAGAUUAAGAAAUGUGAUUUAACUUCCCAAGAACAAACAAAAAAACAGAAUAGAAAUGCAAGAAAUAAAUGCAAGUGAGUAAUUAAAUAAAGCCACUCCACUCCCAACUGUGGCAAUUUACUUCUUUGACUAUCACAAUCGCUAUCAGUCUAUCACUAUUUCCAGUUUUCCACUACAAGGAGAGGAAUUACCAAAAUGUGCAGUUUGAAACCGGAAGUGUUUGACUCCCAGAUUUCCAGAGAAAUGAAUGGCGAGCCACAACCAAUGACAGAUAAUGAUCAAGCAUCCAAACACAAACACGAACACGAACACGAAGACAAAGUUAUAGAUGAAUCUGAACCAGAACCACAAGGUGUUGUACCUACAGAUUCAUGCCUGCAGGAAGAUGUUGAUAUUGAGUCGCUUUCAGGAAAACAUUUCUGUCAUGUAAUUCUUGACAAAUCAAUGAGUAAGAAUGAUCAAGCAUCCAAACACGAACCACAAGCUCAAGUUGAAGUUGUACCUACAGAUUCAUGCCUGCAGGAUGAUCAUGAUGUUGAUAUUGGGCCGCAACCACUCACUAAGAAUGAUCAAGCAUCCAAACCCGAACCUGAACCUGAACCUGAACCUGAACCUGAACCUGAAGCUAUACAUGAAUCUGAACCACAAGCUGAAGCUGAAGUUGAAGUUGUACUACCUACAGAUUCAUGCCUGCAGGAAGAUGACGAUGUUGAAGUUGAGUCGCUUUCAGGAAAACCUGUCUGUCAUGUAAGUCUUGGAAAAUCACACCUCGGCCGUGGUGCUACUUGUACGUGUCUAUUGGCGUUGCCUAUACAUUUUACUCGAAUACUUCCUAACAAAAGAGUCCCAGUUAUCCUCACUCAUGGCCCAAAGAGUUGGGAGAUGGCUUAUCAUGGUGAUGCAAAGGAAGUCAAGCAUAAAAGGUUUGACACAAGGUGGAGGGUUUUUGUUGAGGACAACAAACUUAACAUUGGAGAUGUUUGUGUAUUUGAACUCAUGGAAUGCAAUCAUACUUCUCUCAACAUCAAGGUUCAAAUCCGGAGAGGUGACUUUCCAUCUCAACUAUCAACUAUUACACACUAUGGCCCAGAGGGCAGGAGUAUGUCUAUCCAAAAGGUGAAAGGGGCCCACCACCGGACAACUCACCCGGCAACUCGAGCACGGUGGAAGAGAGAAAUGAGUGACGGACCAAAACCACUUGUAAAGAAUGAAGUUAAAGUUGAACCUGAAAACAAAUUUGAAGUUGAUCCUGUACUUGAAACCAAAGAUGAACUUGUACUGCCUACAAACUCAUGCGACGAUGAUGAUACUGAUAUUGAACCGUUAUCGGGAAAACCUUUCUUUCAUAUUACACUUCUCAGAUCACAUGUCGGUGGUGGUACAAAUAAAUAUCAACUGAUAUUGCCCAAAACUUUUACUCAAAAACUUGCCAACAAAACAAUUCCAGUAAUCCUCACCCGUGGGAAAAGGAGUUGGGAGAUGGCUUAUUUAGGUCAAAAUGCAGCCCAUUAUAAGAAGUUCGAUCAAAGGUGGAAAGCAUUUGUUCAUGACAACAAGCUCAAGGUUAAAGAUGUUUGUAUUUUUGAACUCAUGGAAUGCAGUGACAAUGCCCUUAAGUUCAAGGUUCAGGUCCUACGAAGCGACUUUCCAUCUAUCCUGUUGGAAAAGGAAGAUGGUACAAUCAAUAAUCCCAUAGUUGUUGAGUAAAUUUAUGGCUUCUGUGAUCCAUGCAUAUGAUUUUUGGGAUCACUAGUAGAAUUUGUAAUACACUUCUGUAAUUCCCAAGUUUCUGUUGUACGUAGUAAUGUAGUAUGUAAGUAGAAUGUAGGUGUGUGUAAGAUCAAGGUAUUGUUUUGAUUAAGGUUUGAAUGGUAUUUGCUUCA